AUGGAAGGAGGGGUAAAGAUUGAUAGAUGCAACCCCCGAAAAAACACAUCCUUGAUACUGACAAAAUACAUAUACAAAACGUCGGGUCCAAAGUGUGAUCUACUGAGAAACCACGAUAUACGAUAAAGCAAGAAAAAUAGGUCUUAGAUAUAUUAUACAAAUAGUCUCUCUUUCGAGAGCGGGGACCGAAAAUAUUACAAAAUAUCGUUUACAAUAUGGUAAUUACGAUCCACAACCAUAUGAAUGUGGCGAAGAUACUUCAAGUGAUGAAAAUGAAGCGCCAUUAAAAAUAACCGACGGAAUUAUAUUUAUUAAUAUAUAUAAUGAAUCAAUACAUGGAAAUCAAAUACAAUAAAACUAAACGUUGAUCUAUUAUUGCUAAAAAUAUAUCGAAAACCACUCGUACUAAUAAUAGAAAAAGAAGUAAAAAUUGUUACAAUUGACAGCGAUUAGUAGCGAGCUUAUAGUACUUUGAAAGAUAAUAUAGAUGUACUCACCAAACUGUAAAUCAUAGUCAAAAUUUCAUGGAUCCAAAUAUUGGAGCUUAUACCUAAACAAUACAAUCAUUGUGGAAGUUAGUCUAGACCAAAAAAAAAAAUAGUCAAUAGUUCUUCUCCACUAUUAGGCAGCCAAGUAAUAGAAAAAUGUUGGCGACCAUGUGACUCACUAAAAAUUUUAUUUUUAGUGGUUUUUUAACAGAUUUAAAGAAUUUUUUUGCACUAUAUACUUACCAAAUAUUUUAGUAAACACAUUAAUAAGUUAUUCGAUAUAGAACACACGUAGGACUGGUCUUAAUAUCUCAUCUUCAUAAAUUCAUUUGGGUCUGUAUGGGAAUUCAAAGCUAGAAAAACACGCCUAUCAUAAGCUAAAAUUCAGAUUAAAAUUUAACGAUUUCUGUCUGAACAAUCCAUCUAUAAAACUCGUUUGGUCCAAAGGGAAUCACUGAGAAGUAUCUAAAAAAGUACCUAGCGGGAAAUCUGAAAAUACAAUACAAAAGUCUCUAUUUUGGAGGGGGGAACUCGACAAAAACUAAUCGAAUUUCGAAUUUCAUUGUUAAGAUAUUAUUCCAUUUAUAUGCAUUUUAAAGGCGAAUUCGAUUAGCAUUGACUCGAACACUAACACGCACAAAUCAACAAUUAAAACUAUAAACAUCGUGUUGGGCAAAUUCACAUUUUCACUCCCACUGAGACAGAUUUAAUAAUAAUAUUAUUGUUAUUAUUGUAGCGACACAAACAAAUUCGCCGGAAGUGUUCGUCCGGCGGCGGUAGUGUCUUCGGCGUAUUUUCCGUCACACACAGCACGCAAUUGGACGCGUUGCGUGAAUUCCUGGAAGGGGUGACGACAACACCCGGAGGUGAAGAAGACGGACUGCAUAACUCGGUCGGUACUGAUCUCGUAGUAACGGUGGACACAUGGUUCAGUGACAAUAUGUCCAGGAACAUGGGAGCUUCGACUCCCUCUUAUUACCCGUCCGAAGCGGAUUUUGUAGUCAAGACGCCUCAGAAACCGGCCAGUUCGCGUAAACAUCGUCAUCAUUCCGAUCAAGUACGAACGUGUAAUAAUAUUAUUCUUGUUCCAUUGUGAGUUUUUUAGAUUCAGAUUUCACUAUGAGAUGUAUUUAUUUAUUAUUUCUAUCCAUAAAAAAAACUUUUCUACCAGAAAUCUUAUGUGAAUAAAAUUGUAUUGACCCAGCCAAAGUGUUGAAAGAUGUAAGGUUUAAAGAAAAUUUAAGGUUCAUCAUAAGCUAUUAUAUACUCAGUGGUAAAAAAAAAAGUUGAAUGUAUUAUAAUUUUUUUAUAUAUAUAGGCACAAGUUCAAAUUAUUGUGACAAUUUCAAAAUUCACGACAUUUCGAAGCACUUGUAUAACUAAAUUUCGCUCAGAAUCGUUUUCUGUUAGGAAUGAUUUAUCGUUGCAUACGGAUAUAAAUUAAAUCAAAUUAUAUAUCAUAUUUUCUCAACUUCCGACCUACAACAGUGACACAUCUAUCAGCAGUAUCAGCCUCUUUAAAAAAAAAAAAAAUAACAAUAAUUUGUCUAUACGAUUGUAUCUCAAUUUAACUACGCGGUGUUUUAUAUAUAUAAUUGUAAUCGAAUCCGUUUUCUUUAAAAUAAUUAAUAAAUUAAAAUCUUAUAACAGAAAAAAAACAACCAAAUGGUUGGCUAUUGUUCGAGAAAGCCUUAUAGGUCAAAUGUACCUAUAGAGUAUACCGGACAACAAUUAUAUUAAUUUAAUCGUCUACCUGCUGUCUAAUUUGUAAUAGGCCAAAAUAUAAUAUAAUAGUCCAAAAUGAGAGAAAUGCAGGGGUCGAUGACGUUAUUUUAUCAACUUAUUAUUAAAUCGUAAUAUUAUAUUAACUGCAAUUAUAUUAUUAAAAACAUAUUUAUUUUUUUUCAAUAUUUCUGAGAAAUACCAAAACAUAUUUUGCUUUCAAAUAAUAAAUUAUAGUGCAAACAAUUAUGCAAUGAUACAUUUUAUUGUAGUUCGAAGAUUUUUAAAACAAAAUAACAAAUCAAACAAUAUUAAAAUAAUUACUGAAAUCGGGUUAAAUGCCGGCACAAUAAAUACCUAUUAUUACGUAAUGAUUCCAAAAACAAUGCUGUUUAGAUGAUUUGGAAACUGAGCAAAGUCAAUAAAAAUGACAAUAAUACAUAUAAAUAUAUAAUGUUUAUUUGUUUUUUUUCAAAUCGAUUUCAUAGAUAAUUUCGCUGAAUGUUUAUAAUUAUUAAGUAUCAUAUCAAUUGUCUUGAAUUCGUAUACAUUUAACUAUCGGUUAAAAAUGAAAGUUUUAUUACAUGAUUUCCUUUCUCCCAUUAAAUACACACGCUGAUUAUUAAAUAGAUGAACUUAUACCUACUUUUAGAUUCAAUACAUUAGCUUAAUCGGACUGAUGCAACUAGUGACCGGGUGUCUAAUGGUCGUUUUUGGCGUGCUAUCAAUGCUUCACGAAGCGUCCCUGUCCAGCGUGGGCGCUGGUCUAUGGAGCGGAGCGAUGGCCAUGGGCAACGGAGUGGUCGGAUUGAUGGCCAGUCUGAACGGCUGUCUCUCGCCGGACAGGACUCUGUCUCCGCUGUCCGUCACGAUUUACCUGGCUCUGUGUUUGGUGUCUGUGGGCGUCAGUAACUUAGCUAUUGUACUUACGGCGAUCGGUCUGCUGAAGGACUCGCAAAAACCUUACUACAUAAUGCCGAAAGACAAGGUCAGGUUUAAACUUUAUUAUCAAGUGUUUUUUUUUUCAAUUAUUUUAAAUCUCUUCGUAUUUAACCGAUAGGUACUGUGGAAAUAAAAAAUUCGUCAUUCAUUUUCUUUUGAGUAUAUCUAUAUAUACUGCAACAUUAAAUAUAAUAUAUCCGAGUCAAAAUACAUUUGAAUAGUUUAAUACAAUAUUUACAUAGUAUACUCGUAUGUUCGUACAGGCGCAAUACAAAACUCUGACGGCAGAUCAGUUACAGACGAAUUGGGCUCCUGUACUCGCCAACUUGGGAUUGCUGUUAGCCACGUCCGUGCAAUGUCUGACUACAAUGUUGGCCGCAUUUCGUUUUUAUCGACUAGUCAGAUUGAUUUUGGCUGGUGAACAGCAAACUUCGUGGCCGACAAACUCGAGGCACAGAAGUCCGUCGUGUUGCAGCUCAAGCGUGGGCAGCAAACAGAAACUCGUCCAAAAAUGGUUGGUGCAACAGACCCCGUCCCUCGACCGUUCUCACCAUCAAACCAACUAUUCUGGACAAGCUUACGAAAACAAAUUGGUGAGUACUUAUUUGUCUAUAUAAAUUAUUAGUUGUUACAUGUUUGUGGCAAUUUAAACACAAGGUUCAAGUGUGUCAGAGCCGGAAGACUAAUAUGAAAUUAGUAAGAUAGGCACAUGAAUCAAUUUAAAAAAAUGUCUCUAAAAUAUCAAAAAAAGCAUUUUAAAAAUCGGGUUUUUAACCGAUAUAUCAGCUGAUAUCAAUAUCAACUCAUGGUUCUCGAUUUCAAGUAUCAGAUAUCGAGUAUAGGUUUUAUAUUGGAAUAUCGAAUAUAGGUAAAAAGUGGUAUCUGACAUCUAUCUACCAAUUAGUAACCUUAAAUUAGAGUAUAAGAGAGCGAGAGACAGUUCAUUCAUUCUAUCGAACCCUAAUUUUUUCAAUAUGAAUAAAUUUAAAACACCUGUAUGGCUUUAUAUCAGAUACCUAUUUAUAGCAAUUUGUAAUUGAUUGUAUUAUAAAUAUUUCUCAGAAUUUAUGCAAUUUUAUAAAGUUAGAUAGGGAUCCAUUUUUUCUUCGGGAGAUCAGUGGCUCUGAACUACAACGUUUUUAGUACCCUUUAACUAGGGUUUAUCAAAUAUGUAUGAUAAUAGUAACGAUUGUAAGUUUUUUCGAUAGUAAAGAAAAUUAUUUUUUAAACAGUUCACUAUGAAAAAUUUAAAUAUUUUGUCUUGUGAGUGGAUAUUACUCUCCCAAAAGAUUAUGUUUUGAGCAUUAUUGUGCAUAAAAAUGUUCUCAGCAUAUUAUCGAAAAAAAACAUGCUCGAGAAUAAACUAAAUUUCAAAAAACAGUUGAAUAAAAUGAACAAUAUUAUUCAUAAUUACAAAAAUAUUAAUUUGUUCAAAAAUGCUCGUAUUCAGGGAAUAUUUAGCGAAAGAUUAUUCUCUAGCAAUUUAUAACACUAUAAUAAUGAACAUUGUAUAUCUCGUAAUAUUCAUACAAUGAUAAAGGUAUGUAUAGUGUAUAAACAUUAUUAAACUAACUUUUAUUUUCUUAACGAUUAUCCUACUCGUAUAUAGUUAUUAGUGUUUAAAAAUCAAUUGGAAAAAACCGUUUAGUUAGAAAUAGGUCAAACAAAAUCUAUAAACAAUAAUGUUUAAAAUACUUAUAAGCCGGGUAAGGUAAUACUUAAAUAAUGAAUAUUAUUACCUGUGGUAUACGUAUAGGUAUCUAUAAUGUAUUAUUAAAAGUAUAAAAUAAAUAUUUUAAACUUAAAUUUUAUUUUAAAUUAAUUAAUCGACUGCAAUUUGUCCAGUCGUGAUUUAAGCAAAUAUUAUCUUGAAAUCGUAUAGCCGUAAAGAAUAGAUAUAGGGCACCAAGUGGAAUAUUAAAUUAUAUAAAUGGCUACAUGAUACUUGACAAUUUAAUGAAAUUAGUAAAAAAUGUAUCGUACUCGUAAUAUUGAGUAAAAAAAUCAUAAUUUUUGAGCAUUAAAACAAAUAUAUGAAUUAAACAUAACAUUAACACUAUCACCUUUCUACAAGCUCCUCAGAGCUGCCACUAUAACUUUCAAAUUUUCCCGUUUCUCUAGCCCACCCGGUAUAUAGGAACUAGGAAGUCGUAUUAAUUACAGAUAAAAAAUAAAGAAAUCAAAGGGAAAAAUAUACCUCCCGAAUCGCCCCCUGGUGUAUACUGUCUUACUGGUGUAAGAAAUUACGUCACCGCCAAAUUAUAGUCACACAUUUAAAAUACGACAAACAAUAAUUACUAAUGACUAUAUAAUAUUACCGAACAGAGGUAAAAUAUUUUUGAACUCGUAUUUCCGAGAAGCUAUAUUUAUAUUCGUAUUAUUACAAUAUAUUUAAAAAAAAUUAACGAAACCUAUCUGAAAAACAUUCUGCAGCUAAGUAAUAAUAUAUUCGGUUUAUCGAAACGAAUAUAUUUCCGAAGUUACAACAAAUGAUCGAAAAUAUAAUAUGGGUACUCAUAUUUAUCGUUAGUGUCAUUAUACUACAGAAAAACGCUUUCCCGAAUUGGAGAAAAGUACUGUACCUAUAAUAUACUAGUAGGUACUUUAUACAUAUUUUACUAUUAUUAUAUUAAAUAAAUAUAUAUACACGUGUUUAAAUGUCUUAGACACUGUGUUUUAUGGCACGAGAAAAAAAAACCAUAAGAACGCGUAUAAGUGUUCUACUGGCUGAACGGUAUAAUAAUAAUAUGAAUACGGAACGUAUUUUUUUUUUCUUUUAAUAGCUUUUAUCUAUUACGCCGAACAACGGUGGAAAAAUUUGCAAUACAUGAAUAACAUAUAGGUACCGAAUAAUAAUAAUAAUUCAUCGAAUAUAUAACGACUAACGAGGAUAGUUAGGUAUAGUUACUUUUUUCCCCGUCCAUUUAAAGUGUCAAAAUAUACGAUUCAACUUAGUUUUUCUUUUUUUCGCGGGCAUCCAUACCAACUUAUCAUUUUUUUUUUCUUGUUAUUAUUCUUCGCGAAAACUGUCGUCGACAACGUCCGUUAAACUACAGUCUCAUUGGCUUGGUUUUAUAUUCAAAGUGUCCCUCUAUAGAUACCUCUAUACAUGCCUCAUCUACAAUUUUCUCAAAAUAGCAAUAACAAUAUACGCCCGUGUAUAACUACUAUAUUAAAUGCAUCAACGUUUCAAAAUCUUAAAUCAAUUUCAUUAAUUACAAUAUGUAUAUAGUACAUCGAUCGAUUUUAGAAAAAUAUGACGUAUAUAACCUACCUGUACUCGUGACGUGACAUAAAUUCGAAUUUCUUAUUACCUACAGAUUUCCCGAUGGCCUUUGGAUGGCACGGCGCUGUCAUAUUUUACAAAAGCUUAUUGAAAAGCAGUACCUAUUUCGUAUACAACCGUGACGUAGAUACGCUAAACAGUAUAUACCUAGGUAUAAGAUAAAUGUAAGGUUUUAAUGUAAUAUGACACGAGCUCAUCGUGUCAUUUUUUUUAUUUUUUUUAACGUAACUUUUCGUAAGUAAUUUCGAUCUAACGUGUUUGUGUUAAUUUUUUGUCGAAAACGUAACUAUAUAAAGUUAAAUUACUUGUUCGGUGCAAUAAUAAUAUAACUAUACAGUCAAAUUACCGACGCGAUCUUCUUUUUUCGACAAUCGCUAAACUAUUUUCUAAAACACUGACAAAAGUAACUUCCGAUUCUCUUAACUAUAUAUAUAUAUAGCCAGGUAGUGGUGCCCCGACUAGGAUAUAUUCUCCUGCGGUAUGUUUAGUACACGCCACAUGGCGUAUAAUAAUAUGAACGGAGAAGUAUAAUAAUAAUAUCAAGUACGAGCCGGGUAUGGAACGCGAAAUAAACGUCGGCGAAAAAUUAGUUCCGGCCCAGUUAUCCCAUCAGGUCGGAUAUAAACGCGUGUUUUUCUCCCCGGUCGUGUAUAUAAUAAUAAUAAUAUUAUUAUUACUCUACUCUUUACAUUAUCAUUCCCGGCAAUGCGUCGCCAGCCGCUGCGGUCCGUCCGCCGAACUAUCGCCGCGGCUUAGACGAGGAGCGGAAAAAUAAAAAAAAAAACACACACGCGACGGUCGUUAAUACACCCGUACUGUAUUAUUAUAGGUGUACUCACAAUACAAUAUUAUUAUCAUCAUCAUUAUAACCGUGUAUGUAGGCCGUUCUUAAACACAAAGGCGGAGAGCGAACGGAACACGACGGUACAAAUAUUUAUUGUGAUCAUUAUUGUCGCCUCCGUUGUUGUAUUUAUCUUUCUGCGGUCCCCGGGUCCGGGGAAAUAAUAAAGGAAAACCGCGGACCAAUUCCGGUGUGUGCGAGACGGUCUCUCGACUGUCGUCGGCGCGGCGGUGACGGUUUGCAGCGCCCAGGGAGAGACCGCGCAGAGGCGGCGGCGCGUACGCACGUCAUUUACCUAUCCGGCCCGUCUGUAUAAUACUCUGGCGAAAUAAUAAUUAGAUCGCAUCUCGGGAAAAAUGAUAAAAUAAAAAUAUUAUUUAUGUCCGUCGGGGAGACCGGAGAGACAGCACAAUAGAUCGCGUAUAUUCGGUACGUGUUUGAUACAACACGACGGGCGCACGCACGCGAGAUACGAAAUGUGCGACAACACAAAGGCGAUGGAAAUAAUUGCCGUUCGGGAAAAACUGUCAUAAUAUAUUAUUAUUAUAUUAUUUCGUACUUAUAUUCUACGUUAACGUGUUAUCACGCGUGUGCGUGUGUGAGAUGUUUUGGCCGCGCGGCAAUUUGAAACCGUUACUCGGUUUAUGUAUAGAGGCACACGCGUAUUAUUAUUGUUACACGAUCGUACGCUUGUUUAUUUUGUCGCCACUAUAGCAGUAUUAUUAUACUAUUAUUUUUUUUUUCCGUACGUAUGUAAAAAAAAAAAAAAUAGGUAAGAACGUGUAGUAGUGAUUAUUUUUUUUUUUCUGAAAACGUUUCGUUUCAUUCACGGCGCUGUGCACGUCGAAAUUUGCAUAUAUUUUUAUUGAUUGAUUUGGUAUUUACAGCACUACGAGACGGUACCGACAUUUUAAUGUGUAAGUACCUGCGGUUGAAAAAAAAAAAUGUAAUUAUUGUAAAUUUAUAAUAUUCCAUUAGAAUGGUGAUUAUAUAAGCAAUAAUAGCCAUAUUAUCAUUAUAACGUAUUACGAACAUUAAAACACGGUUACAGAGAUGUUUUCAUUGCUUUUUUGAUAAUUUUAUAGGGAAAUAUAUAUCAAUAAUCAAUUAUACAAAAUUGAAUGUGUCAAAGAUCAUGUGAAUAGCUUGCUACUCAAAAACAACUAAUCUACAGGGAUGUAACAAAAUUGACUCUAGAAAGUCAGAGAUAUUAGCGGACAUAGAUUUCGAAGAGAUAUAAAUAUGUUGGGGUGAACAUUGGGAAAAUAUGGCUGCUAAUAGAGAUCGGUUGAUUGGGUGGUUACUACGACGAUUAUAUACUAAACCAAAAAAAAUAACUGAAAAAUCAAAAAAACAUAUUUAUUACACAUGACAUAAUAACAUCAUAGGUAAACACACAAUAUAAACUUUUGCAGCAAAAUGUCUGCAGUUAAAAAUUGAAACAUUCGCAACGUUGACCAAUUGAUAAAAUGUACUACCUACGGUUUGUAAAGGUAGUUAUCAAAAAAAAAAAUAAUACACAAUAUGUAUCGAUUCUAAUAGCAGCCAGCACAGUAUAACGAACAUAGGUACACUAAUGUUCAUUUACACACGCACAUAUUGACAUGAUCCGGACGUAAUUGCAUUAUAAGUUGCCUAAUUCUAACUCCUUAAAAAAAUGAUCGACUUGAACCUCCUUAACUGCCAAAGUUUACAAUUCCAAGUGAUUACGUUCUAGUAACUUACCGUUCACAUAUUUCCGGAUUUAAAACAUUAACAUUUCAGUUUUAUGCUGUUUAGAAUUUUACGGAAUUUUAAAUAUUAAAUUCCAAAUUUAUACCAUUCAAGUUUCAAGUCCAGGCUAUUACGUAUGAACCUCGUUUAAACUUGAAGGAAGUCUAUUUUGAGUAAAAAGAAGAAAUCGAAAUCCCCCAGACUCCUAGAAAAUUGAUUUUGGUUUUCGAAAGGAUGAGAGCUUCGUAAAACAUGUAUCAAUUAAACACAAACAAAUUAUAUAAAAACUAACGGAUGGCUAGAGAAAGUUCAAAUAGUAGGUAACCAACAAAAUAGUAUUGAUAUAGGUACCUAAUUUAUCAAUGAAAAAAAUCUAGGUGUCACUAAUUCAAUAUUUGAAGAAAAUUAUCAUACAAUGAAAGCAACGCAUACUGUUUCCCACAUUACACGCGAAAAAAUAUACGAGUACCUUCAACUAUUCCAUACUAGCAUAAUAUAUUUGUGCAACUGUUAUAUUUAUAGGUACACCUAAUAUUACACAAACCAAAAAUGAUGACAUGCAAAAAUAAUUGCGUACAAUUAAAUCAUGGUUUUUGAUUUUUAUCAAUUCUCCAUACCACGUUUAAAUAUAUCGUAUAUACCAUUAUACUUGCACACAAAUGAAAUUAUACAGGUAUAUUUGGUAUAUAUAUUUCGACGAUGACGCAUUAUUUUAUAAAUGGAAAAUAAAGUUAUAACACGAUAUAUUAAUAUUCUACAUCAAAUCACAAUGUUUACAGACCGUUAUACAUUAUCAUUAUUGCCGACAAAAUAUCGUAAGGAAAUAUCAUCGUCGGUAAAAUAUCACAUGGUCAACAUGCCAAUCGUCCAGCUAUCUUUAUAUCCAUCGCCAACAGAAAUAUUUCGAUUUGGUCAGCCUUCUAAAUAUCUUCCGCGUAUUCUGUUUUAUUAGAUGACAGUAUACAAAUUAUUUCCCAUUCGUAUUAUUUUAUUAAAUUGUACUGUUGUACGUUGAUACAAUUAUACCACGCUUUAUCACCUAACCAUAUUCAUAUACAUUACACAAUUGCAAUUACUUUAUAAGUAGGUAAACUAUACUUACGUCCUACAUACAUAAUAGUUACAAACAAAAUAUUACGUGUCAAACUUUUUAAUUUGUGUUUAAAGGGCGUUUACGAUGAAACGGAAACAUUGCCAAAGUGGAAGAGCAGAACAACGCCCAAAUCGAAAAUCACGAGACUGCAGGAAAAACGGGAAAGGAGACCAUCAGACGACGUGGACAUCCACAGAGCGUACACAGGCAUGGACAGAGAAAUCGUCGAAGAGUUCAUUUCCGUCACCAUGGAUCCGAAACACUAUAGCUGAUCGCGAAUACAUCACGUGUUCAAACUAGGUAUAUAUAAUUAUGUACAUUGAAACCUCUACAAGAGAUGUUGUACCGUCGCUGAAUGUGUACUUCAGGUCGGUCCUUAUCUAUAAGGACUAAAGAUACUAAAUUACAGUAUAAGAAAGUGGUCAAUCACACGAUGCAUGCUGUUGGGUUGAUCUAACUAUCUUAAUAUAUUAUAUUCAUAGAACUAUUAAGUUUUUUCCAAUAAUACAAUAACGUAAUAUUUCAAAACAAAUUAUGCAUUUUGUCUCAAUAAUUUAUGUAUUAGGAUAAUAAUGAAUUAUAGAGUAUACCAAUUUUGUCAUUGAUGAGAAAACCGUAUACUAUUCGAGUAUACAAAAUGACGGCCCAUCCAAUACCUAGCGUUAAGCUAAGUUGUCCACUCUCUUAAACGAACUCUUUAAAAAUAACUUAAGAAGACGAUAUACGUGCAUUUGUCGUUUCCGUCAUACAAACAUCAGAUACAGUUAAAACAUGCUUACGCAGAAUACACAGAACUCGAUUCAUUUUGGUUUUAGAAUAAAAACACCAAUUAUAUAAUCAAAAGAUAUUCCAGAGGACAAGACGUUGCAUUUUUUUCCAUUUUCUCCGAAUAACAGUCAAUUUACCGUUUAUAAAUAACUAAUUAUUCGUCGUUUUUUUAAUUAGCUAAAAAACCGCGUCUUGUCCUCCGGAAUAUUGUUUUCGAUUAAUUUCAUAAUAAGUGCUUUUACUUUAAAACCGAAACUAAUCGAGUUCUGUUUAGUCUAUGUAAGCAUGUUUUUAUUAUAUCUUAUGUUUGUAAGACAGAAACAACAAAUGCAUGUGUAACAUCCUAUUAACAUAUUAUAUUAUAUACUUCUCUGUAGAAAAACUUAUCAUUUUAAAAUAUUACAAGAAUAUUCCUGUGCAAUGUAUUAUUAUUAUUAUUAUUAUUAUUAUUAUCAUUAUUAUUAUUAUUAUUAUUAUUGUAUAAUUUAUCGUAUAACGACGAGUUACGAGCGCGAAAUAUUUUAAUAUCGUUAUAAUUUUAUUUAUUAAAAUAUGUAAUAUAAUGACAUUUAUAAUAUCCAAUAACUAUGUGUAUAUCUAAUAAUCUAAAUGACUACAUAUUAUAAUAUGGUGUUAUCGUUUAUGCGUUAUCCCUAACAUGGGGUCGGUUUCACGAUCGUCAACCGCUUCGUGGUUGGCAGAUCCUUCGACGUGAACGUAAUACACUCCUAAUUUGUAAUUGUUAUGAAGCCAAUUCAAUAGGACCGCGAUCGCGGCGAACACCACAAACAUAGUGAGACAGGAGAUACACCACGCGUUCUGUACUUCGUCCCGGGUCCCGUUGAAAUAUAAAUGAAUCAUAAUGUGUUGACAAGGCGACGAAUUAUUGCAGGUACGCGAAGAUGCCGGAUGGCGUUUUCCGGGCGGAUUCUUACGGCUAUCUGUUUUCGCCAGAGAAUCCGCAGUCUGUCGGAGAGUCUUCAGUCGGUCCUUCGAUAACUACAAUAAUAUUUUACUUUAAUUUUAUUUCCGAUAGCAGGAAAGCAUAAUUAAGUACCGAUCG